AUGGUCGACGCUCCCGAGAGCCCCAUGCCGCAGGAACAAACUCCCCAAAAGAACAUCUACCAGAAUGGGGUCAGAACGACAGGUCGCGCUUUCCACUCUCCCAACUGGCGUGUGAAGCGUGAAGGGAGCCCCAGUGGACAAAGCACCGCUGCCGCUGGGUCCCCCGGUCCCAAGACAAACACCUCGAGACUCGCCUUCAGCCGACCAAGCCCGCAUGUCCCGCAGGCCAUCUCGGAAGGUCGUCGCCUCUACGUGGGCAACAUGCCUUACACGGCCAAGUCGGAGGAUGUGCAAGCCCUCUUUGAUGCGGCCGAGUUCUCAAUCGAGCGUAUCGACAUCGCCAUUGAUCCCUUCACCGGUCGCAACCCCUCAUACUGUUUCGUCGAUCUGGAGACUAAGGAGCUGGCUGAGCAGGCCAUGACGGAGCUGGAUGGCCGGGAUAUGCUCGGUCGUCCUGUCAAGAUCAAGCCUGGUGUUGUGAAGUCUUCCAGUGAGCGGGCUCAGCAGCAGCAGCAGCAGUCGCCGCGCGUGGAUGCCUCUCCUCGCGAGACGAGGUCCUCCCCGUUCAGCAUGGACCGGUGGCGCCGUGGCGACGAGGCUCAGCCCCCUCGGACUCCUGUGAAGACCGCCAGCACCAGCCCUAGCAAUAGCAGCGAUGCCAGCCGUCGCCUCUAUGUUGGCGGCAUUCCGAGGUUGACUGAUCAGGAGGCGAUCACCAGCAACAUCACCAACUUCUUCAAGGAAUACAAUGUUGAGAAUGUCAGCAAGCUGUUCGCUCCCCACCCCGCGAAGAGAUUCGAGCCCGGUGACCAUUACUACCUGUUCGUCGACUUCAGCAGCGCCGAAGAAGCUGAAAAUGCCAUGAACGCGCUGAACCGAGCGGAGGGCCCUUGGGGCGCCACUCUCCGGGUCCAGAGAGCCCGCGGAGACACCAACUCGCAGGACCGGAGAAACAAAUACUCUUCCGGCCGGGACGAAGCCGCCCCCGCUGCCGAGGAGGUUGCGGUCGCAGUAUAG